AUGCAUCUCAUGUUUACUCUCGAUGCUGAAGGCAAGCGCCUUUAUACCUUGAAGAAAGUGGUUGAGGGAGAGGUCACCAAGUCCGCACACCCAGCCCGAUUCUCACCCGACGAUAAAUAUUCGAGACACCGUGUCACCCUCAAGAAGCGCUACGGCCUUCUUUUGACUCAGCUCGAAAAGAACAAGAAAGUACUUGGCCAGUAA